UUGUAUCUUACCUGACUGUAGACUGUUUUCUGAUGUUAUUGGUUUUUAAUAGACGGGAACGAAACUUACCAGCAGGAAUGGGCCUAGUUUUAAUAUUCCUGUUCUUAAGAAGCGCCUUUUGCGAUAGCAGAUUAGAGCCUGAAGAAUCGAGUUACUACAAACAGACCAUAAACAGCAGUCUACUGUACGAAGAUGCAUGCCAACAUGUUCCAGACGGUACAUAUCCCGACGUUUCCCAAGCAUGCCGAAUGUUUUUUAUUUGCAGUGGAGGUCAGAAAAUCGCCACAUUUUGGUGCACCAAAGGUUUUGUUUUUAGCCAAAGCACGGGCCACUGCAAGCCUCCAGAUCGAGACAUGUGCCCGGAUGUCAAAGGUUCCUCACAAAAAAGCGUGUUUCUGUCUCAUAUGAUCGAUGAAGAUUGUACUGGAAGCGAUGGCGUGUACCCAGAUUUCAGCAACAGGUGUUCGUCUUUUUUCAUAUGCAAAGGUGGUUUGAAGACAACGUUCAACUGUCCGGAUUCUUCGUUCUUUGAUUGGAAAACGAGAUCUUGUCGAAAGUCAAAUCAUCUAUUGUGUGAAAGGUUGUCCUGUGAGAAUAAGCAAGAUGGGAUUUACAUCGACUCCCACAGUUACUGUAGACGCUACUUCGAAUGCAGAUCAGGAAAUAUAACCGAGUACAUUUGUCCAGAUGGCACAAUAUACAACGCCAGGCAAAAUCGAUGCACAAGAAGUGCUACAACACGCUGCUACGGUUCAGAAAUCGCCCAAUGUUCAGGAAUUCCUGACGGCUAUUAUCCAGAUUUCGCUGCUGAUUGCAAAGUUUUUGGGUUGUGUAUGAAUGGGGGAUUAAAAACAUUCAACUGUCCAGCAAAUACCAUGUUUGACUCUAAAGCGAUGACUUGUGAGUCGAAUGCUCGGUGCUCAAAGCCCGAUGCCAAUAAAUGCAUUGGAAAAACAAGCGGAAUACAUCCUGACUAUGAUUCAGGCUGUAGGGACUUUUACAUGUGCCUUGAUGGACUCUUAACUCAUCAAGGUUCUUGUCCCCUAGGGAAGCUUCUUAAUCCGGACAAUGGUAAAUGUCAGCCUGCUUCUUUGAUGAGCUGUUCGCCUGUUUUGGAUAGUGAUUGCAAUGGACUCCAAGAUGGAGUGUAUCCAGAUUAUGAUAGCGGUUGUUUUGCUUACUUUGCUUGUCUAAGUGGAAGACGUGUAUCCACGUCGUAUUGUCCAGACGGCGAGUUAUACGACAUUGCUACUGGAAAAUGUUUGCCAUCAAGCUUUGUAUUUUGCCACGACCGUUCGACUUCAAUUUUUCCACCGAGGCUUUUUGACACGUAUAACUGUGACAAUAGAUUAGGAUUUUACCCUCUAUAUUCAACUGAUUGCCGCAGAUUUGUUACUUGCGCGUACGGUAACAUAAAAUUUCACAACUGCCCCACAGGUACUUCAUUUGACUCUGAUAGUAACUUAUGUAUAAUGAACAAUGGCAAUUGUAAAGCUCCUUUUGCUUUAGCAUCAUUUCAAUGUCUACCUGGAGAUGACGGUAUAUAUACUGACCCAAACUGCUCCGAGUGGCAUGAAUGUAGAAAUGGUGUUGGUUUUACAAAUAUAUGUCCAGAAGGAAUGAUGUACGACUCAAUGCAUGGGAAGUGUAGUGGUAUAAUGAAGUUAUGUUCACCUCAACUGGGCAUACAGCGAAGAUUGUUUACUUCAGGAAUGCUGAACACAAUAGAAGAGAGAAGUUCAUACUUUAACUGCCAGCAGAAAUCAAAUGGGGUUUACGCGGAUGAAAUAUCUUGUAGAAAAUUUCAUUUCUGUGUUAAUGGUGAAACUUUCUCUUAUUCGUGCCCAUCAGGAUUUUCGUUUGAUAAUGGCAUUAAGCAGUGCAGAGUUUUAACCCCUAAUGAAUCUUGCAACGAUAUUACCUUGAAAGAGCAUGAUAACAGCAAAACAUUUACCUGCAGUUAUUUAGAUGAUGGUAUGUAUCCAGAUUUUGCUUCCAACUGCAGACGGUACUUUGUGUGUGAAAACGGUAAAACAAUACCCGUGUACUGCCCAGAUAGUCAAAUCUUUAGCUCGAUCAAAAUGAUGUGCGAUAAAGAAGAUAAUGUUCGUUGCUCUGUAUUAAGAACUCAUGAAGCAGGACCUCCUCGACACAAGCAAUCUAGACAAAAUGAUGACUUAUAUCAUGUGUACAGACCAGAAGAACUGUAUACUGAAAUGUAUAGCUAUGUACCGGAUAAGUCACCUGAUUUGCAAAAUGAUAGAGAUAUUAAUAUCCGAACGAGUGGCGAUGAAGAUCAAAUAUCUUCCGAAAACAAAACACCUCUUUCUACUGAAGAUCACGAUUUGCCUUACAAUGCCAGAGUUCAUAACUCUAUAUAUAUUGCACCAACUAGUAAAAGAUACAACCCAACAAAAUCAUAUAGGCAACAAGUAGUUACUGAAACUGAAAAAUACGGGCAACCAGCAACUGUUUCAUAUGAAGAAUUACAUAAAGAAAUAACUAUAGAACAAAGACCAGCUAAAGUUCACAAUGUCCGAACUACCAACAGGGAUUUACACGCCGCUUGCCAGAAAGGCGAUACUGGUUUCUUCCCAGAUUAUGAAAGUGGAUGCAAAAUGUUCCAUAUCUGUUUCCGAACAAUACGAAAGACUUAUAGCUGUCCAAGUGUGCUGUUGUUUAAUCCAGAGACCAAAAAUUGCGAUUUACCGGAAAAUGUUGCUUGCACCCGACCAGAACCUAUCGAUGGCUUAGAUUGCAGGGGGAAAAAUAACAAUUUUGUUGCUAAUUUUUCAUCUGGCUGCAAGUAUUACAUUGGCUGCAUCAAUAACACACCAUACAAAUUUGCUUGCCCCAAAGGUAAAAUUUUUACUCCCAUUACUUCCGCAUGUGAAUUAGAGGAAAAUUAUCCAUGCGAAAUGCCAACCGGGUUUAAUUCAACGAAGUUUUUUUCCUUUGACGAACCUGAACAACGCUCCCCAUCGUCGCGGCAUGUCCAUGGAAUUCCAGGAAGAUUCUUCUUUUCGUGUACGGACAAACCAGAUGGAUUUUAUCCAGACUACACUCGACACUGUCAUGUAUUUUACCGUUGCACGAGAGGUAAAAAAUUUUCCCAUUACUGCAAGCAAGGACUGCUCUUCAAUCCUGAUUCAGGAAUAUGUGAUUUUGAAGAAAAUGUUACUUGCUCACAGGCAAAUAAAACAGUGACGAAACGAGACGAGUAACAUUUUGUUGUACUCUUUUUACAACUAAUUAUACAAAAGUGUGCAUUACCUCAUGUGAAGUCAAAAUAUAUGAAGAUAUUAUAUCAAAAGAGACGAUUUCCAUGAAAUUAAGUAAUUACUAUGUAAUAACUUAUAUCUUCCGAAAGCAAGGAAAAGCGACUAAAAGUGAAGUGUAUUUUUAAUUUAGUAAUACCUCAACACAUUUCAUUGAUUUUGAUGGACCGCAAUUUGAUAAAUACAUAUUAUUAAACUAAAAAAAAUACUUCCAUCGUUUUCUAUGCUUUCAUUAUGAUGAUGUCUAUCCACAACUGCUGGUCAGAUGUGUUAACUUUUAUGUACACUUAUUUAGAUAUAUCAAUGUAUGUAACGACAUUCCAGUGCACAAAAUAUGUGUUUUAGGACAUUGUCCUCGUUUAAGUUGCUUUAAAAGAUUUACUCAGCUUGAAAAGUUGCUUCAAAAGUAAAAUAUUAACGUAGAGCACUACGUAGCAAAAUAUAGGUCAUUUACUUGUCGACUAGAUACAAUUUUAUCGAUAUUGUAUGGUUUGUAACAAUGUUGAAAUGUUUUCCUAGUCAAAAUUUCUAAACUAACAGUAUUAAGUACUAAAGAUUGCAAAAAAAUCAGCAAUUAAGUGUUGUAGAUAUCCCAGAACGUUUUUUUUGCACCUGAUUUCAAUUUUCUGUAUUCUUAGAAACACCAAAAGAUACUUCCCUCUGAGAUAGACUAAAUCAGCCAGGUGUGUUGUAGUUUUGCUCUGAAUGUUGUUCAAUUCUUCCACAAAUAUAAAUUUUUUUGAAAAUUUGCGCAAAACGGGCUAUUGGACUGUUAAAGCAAAAAGGUAGUUUACUAAUGGUUAAAGAAGAAAAUAUUCAUUUCAAUUAAUGUUCAUCGGAAAAAAAAAGCUAUUAAAAUGUUUUAUGAUGCAUUAUAUUUUCCCGCCUGAAAGAUUUUUCAAACCAUUCAAAACAACUGUUUUUUUUU